AGCUGAGCGGUCUGGCGGAGGGGACGCGUGGGGCCCGGCGGCGGCGCCCCGGGCUGCUCCCGCCGCCCCGCCCCGCUCCGGGGCAGCGCCGGGAGAGCCCAGAACCCAGGCGCGGGCGCGUUCCUGCGCCAUGCUGGCCGGGGCGCUGCUCCGAGUCCUCUGUUGCAGCCUCCUGGUCGUGUCCGCGCGCGCCGGCUACUCGGAAGACCGCUGCAACUGGAGGGGCAGCGGACUGACCCAGGAGCCUGGCAGCGUGGGGCACCUGGCCCUGGCCUGCACCGAGGGCGCCAUCGAGUGGAUGUAUCCCGCCGGGGCGCUCCACCUGACCCUGGGCAGCCCCGAACUAGGCGCGCGGCCCACUAUCGCCUGCCUGCGCUCCUCGAGGCCCUUCGCAGGGGCCCAGGUCUUCGCAGAACUGCCCGGAGGCACCUUGGAGCUGCUGCUGGCCGAGGGCCCGGGCCGGGCCGGGGGUCGGUGCGUGCGCUGGGGUCCUGGUGAGGGCCGGGCCCUUUUCCUGCAGGCGACCCCACACCCAGACAUCAGCCGCCGCGUAGCUGCCUUCCGCUUUGAGCUUCGCGAGGACAAGCAUCCGGAGCUGCCCCCGCAGGCCCAGGGCCUUGGUGUGGAUGGUGCCUGCAGGCCCUGCAGCGACUCGGAGCUCCUCCUGGCAGCAUGCACCAGUGACUUUGUGAUCAAUGGGACCAUCUAUGGGGUCACCCAUAACACAGAGUCGCAGGAGUCUGUCAUCACUGUGGUAGCCACCCGCAUUCUCCGCCAGAUGCUGCCACUGUUCCAGGUGGGGGGCUCUGAGGGCCAAGGGCAGGCCUCCAUCCACACCCUCCUGCAGUGUGGUGUCCGUCCUGGCCCAGGAACCUUCCUCUUCAUGGGCUGGAGCCGCUUUGGCGAGGCCUGGUUGGGCUGUGCCCCCCGCUCCCAGGAGUUCAGCCGUGCCUAUGCCACUGCCCACGCUGCCCACACUCACCCCUGUGAGGUGAAACUGGACUGAGGGAACUGGGGAAGACCAGUUGCACCUUCUCCUGGGGGAGGGGUGCCAAGGAAAGGUGACAUGAGGGUGGGGGGAUGGAGGGCCCCAGAUGGCAUCA